AUGAUGGAACACGAGGACGAAGCCAUUGAAGCUGAGAAUGAUGGUUUCGAUAGUGACUCGGCAUAUGCAGGAUCAUCAUCCGGAAGCUUGACCGAAACUUUGUCUUCGACUAUUGCACGAGGUGUUGAGGAACACGGCAGGACCUAUGCCGCAUACGGAAAUGAAGAGUACGGCCUGCCAAUCGAUGAGGAGGAGCUGGAUAGGAUCGAUAUGUCUCAUGCAAAAUAUGGGAUGUUGUUAGAGAAGAAGUUGUUCCUUGCACCCAUUGGGGACAAGCCACAAAAGAUCCUCGAUAUUGGAACAGGUACGGGGAUAUGGGCAAUAGAUAUGGCAGAACUGUACCCUUCUGCAGAAGUUCUAGGUCUUGAUAUCGCUCCUGUACAACCGCAAUGGGUUCCGCCCAAUUGUAUAUUCGAAAUCGACGAUGUAGAAAUGCCCUGGACGCUCGACGAAAACAGCUAUGAUUUCAUUCAUGCCCGAGACCUCCUCCUAUCGAUACGUAACUGGCCAAAAUUAGUGAACCAAUGUUACAAAACACUUAAACCCGGUGGUUAUCUCGAACUGCAAUGCAUUUAUCCUCGCUUAAAGUGCGACGAUGGCUCCACACCCCCAGACAGCGGACUCUGGAUGUUCUCUAACUACGCCCUCGAUGCCUCCACCAAAAUGGGCGCACCCCUCGACGCCUGCACACACUACGGCGAAUACAUGGCCGAAGCUGGCUUCGUGGACAUUGUUGAAAAGAGGUACAAAGUACCCAGUUCUCCAUGGGCGAGGGAGAAGCGUAUGAAAUUGAUUGGGGCCUUCGAGCUGCAUAAUCUCCUGAGAGGCGUGAGUGCGAUGAGUCUGAGGAUGUUUUCGAAGGGAUACGGGUGGAGUCAGAGUCAGAUUGAGCUGUUCCUGGUGCAGGCGAGGAAGGACAUGCAGAAUACGAGGUUUCAUUCUUACUAUGAUUUCAUGAUUGUUUAUGCAAGGAAACCUGGCGGACCAGCUCCUGCUCCUGAGGGACAAGAGACAUGA